AUGGGUAAUUAUCAUUGGUCCCUCAAGCAAGAGGUUAGAAACCAUCACGCCCCUUUGGUUGCCACUAACCCUAUCGCUUGGCACCCAGAAAAGCCGCUGAGAUUCUUGUCCGUUGCUGAGGACACUAUUGAUCUUGCAGAGUAUAUUUUUACAACGGCGCGUGGUACUUUGGCACCACCAAACGAUUUUGGAGUGCUCGCAGUUAUUGAUGGACAAAAUCUCAUGGUAACUCCUUUCCGGGUAGCUAACGUCCCACCUCCUAUGGAUGCUACCAAACGGGUCGCACCUACUCCGACAUUGUCUGGUCAAUAUACAUUUGACUCUGCGAUAAAAUCUACCAUUUAUCAACAAAUUACUUUCAGUGGCAAGAAUGAAAUACUCGCCUUGGGUCGAACCGAAACUGGCCCGGUUGUUCAAGGAUACCAUCUCGCUGAGGUGCCUGGGGAGAUGAAAGAGAAGGCUCUUGAAAAUUACCCUACAUCAUCUGUAUCGAUAUUAUCAAGCUUUGUUGAAGAUGGUGUAAUGCAUCCAUACGUCCAAACUAGCUCUGGUGACCUUCAUAGCUUAGCUUUCGGCGAUGCGUCCUUAUCUUCUUGCAAUUUCUCCAAGCAAUUACCUUGGGUAGAUAUCAUACCAUUCGGUGACGGUCCAAAUGCUUAUGGAGACGGCCGCAUAGCUUUUGGGUUGUCUAGUAACGGUCAUUUGUUUGCAAACACACGCUUACUUGUCCGAAACUGCACAUCAUUCUUAGUUACACCGGCACAUCUUAUAUUUACUACCACCACACACCUCCUAAAAUUUGUGCACAUCACAGAAGUCCAUGACCUUGAAGUUCCGGCAGAUGACCCAGAAAUUGACGAGAGAUGUAGAAGCAUUGAAAGAGGAGCUCGACUUGUCACCGCAAUGCCAACCUCUCUCAGUCUAAACCUACAAAUGCCUCGUGGAAACUUGGAGACUAUUUUCCCUCGUGCAAUGGUCCUUGCAGGUAUUCGAAAACUUAUCGAGGAAAAGAACUACAGAAAGGCUUUCACUCAUUGCAGAACGCAACGAGUGGAUAUGAACAUUUUAUAUGAUCAUGCUCCAGAGCAGUUCUUGUCGAAUGUUGCACUUUUUAUUGACCAGAUCAAGAAAAUCACUUAUAUCGAUUUGUUCUUAUCGUCAUUGAGAGAGGAGGAUGUUACCCAAACAAUGUACAAAGAGACAAGAGUUGUCUCCCAAAAUGGCAACGUAUUACCUACCACAAAUGGUACUAUCGCUCCUCAAAAUCCUGUUGAUAUUACAGCCACCAAAGCUUCAAAAGUUAACAAAAUCUGCGAUGCUGUUCUCGAAGUCCUCAAAACUCGCACUGCAACUAACCUACAGAACAUUAUCACAUCUAAUGUGUGCAAGAAUCCACCUGCAUUGGAUGAUGGCUUAUUGGUUGUUGCACAGUUGAUGAAGGAAGAUGAGGCUAUGGCUGAUAAAGCAGUUGAGCACAUCUGUUUCUUGGCGGAUGUCAAUAGAUUAUAUGAGAAUGCUCUUGGUCUCUAUAACCUCGAUCUUGCUCUUCUAGUCGCCCAGCAAUCGCAGAAGGAUCCCAGAGAAUAUCUUCCUUUCAUGCAAAAUCUACAACAAAUGACCGAGUUACGUCGUAAAUAUAGCAUCGAUGAUUAUUUAUCUCGCCACACCAAAGCGCUUAACCAUCUCCACGAACUCAACGCCUUUGAGGAACUUCAAAAGUAUACUCAGAAGCACGCUCUCUACAAAGCUGCUUUAGCUAUAUACCGAUAUAAUCCUGAACCCCUCGCUGUCAUUACCGCCCUCUACGCUCAACAUCUCGAGUCUAAAUCCUCUUACAAAGAAGCAGCACUCGCUUACGAAUCCCUUCACAACUACGCAAAAGCUACAUCUUGCUAUCUCGCCUCCGGACCUUCUCAAUGGCGCGAAACUCUUUUCUGUGCUCUCACCGGCGGUGCAGAUGGAAAACCAAUGAGCGGCUCCGCACUCACCGACAACCCCUCCCAACUCGAUUACCUCUCCUCUCUCGAAACCGCCUGCAGAACCUUCUGCAAAGGAUAUUUCUUCGCCGACGCCCUUCACCUGAUUGCACUCAAAGCUCGACCCGAUCUCCUCGAGAGCGUAAUCGACCCUGGUCUCGGUGAUGCCCUCGCUUCAAGCACCGAGUUAUUAGCAGACUGCAAAGCACAACUCCUAGCCCAAGUUCCCCGUAUCCGCGAACUGAGACAAAAAGCACUCGCCGAUCCACUCGCUUUCUACGAGGGCGAAAGAGGAGGCGAUGGCGAAAUCCCAGAUGAUAUCUCCGUCGCGGCUUCUUCUCGCGUUUCGACGAAUCGCUCGCUUUUUACUCGCUACACGGGUAAUGGAAGUGUCGGAACCGUUGGAACGGGAGUCAGUAGAGCGACAUCUAAAAACCGACGCAGAGAAGAACGCAAAAGAGCCCGAGGUAAAAAGGGAAGUGUAUACGAAGAAGAAUAUCUCGUCGCCAGUGUCGGCAGAUUAAUGACGCGCGUCGAGGAUUCCAGAGGUGAAGUCGAGAGAUUGGUUGUGGGCCUCGUGAGAAGAGGUAUGUGGGAGAGAGCGAGAGCGAUUGAGGGUAGUAUGGCAGAGGUGGUCGCUUUGUGUAAGGGCUGUGUGGGAGAGGUUUUUGGUACGGCGGAUGCGGCUGCGAAUGGAAAUGGAAAUGGAAAUGGAAAUGGAAAUGCAAAUGAACAGGCAGGCGCGGAAGGUCAGGAAUACAGACCAGUAGGUGGUGAUGCGGUUUAUGCGGAGAGUUUGCAAGCGGCGGGGAGAAAGAAGGAGGCACCUCAUCUUUCUGCGUUUGAAAAAUUGACGUUGUUGGGUACUUAG